AUGUAUCCACCACCGAUCCCUGACUCCUCCUCUUCUUCUCCGGCGACGGAUAUAUCGUCGCCGCUUCUGAAUCGAAACCGUCGUGCUCCCUCCCGUCCUUCGCAGCCGCUACGUGGCGCAGCGUCGCGGCUUCUCCGUCGCGCUAGCAGUCACCGGAUGAUGCUCCGUGAGUCGUCGGUUCGAGUCCGUGAAACAGCGGCUGAGCAGAUUGAGGAGCGGCAGAGUGAGUGGGCCUACUCGAAACCUGUUAUCGUCUUGGACGUGCUCUGGAAUCUAGCUUUCGUGUUCGUCACUGUUGGAGUUGUGGGUUUUAGCUCGAUGGAGAAUCCUGAUGUUCCUCUCAGAUUCUGGAUAAUUGGGUAUAAUCUGCAGUGUUUGUUUCAUGUUGGAUGUGUAAUCGCCGAGUAUCGUCGACGCCGUCGACAAGGCGAUUCGGAUUCCGGUUUAAUCUCCAAUCAAGGAUCUAGCGAAGACGAGUCUGAUGAUUAUGGUAUCACAGAUGAUCCUGAGAUCGAAUCUGGAACUAGUCUUGCUAAGCACCUUGAAUCAACAAACGCAAUCUUCUCCUUUGUUUGGUGGAUCAUUGGAUUUUACUGGGUCACUGCUGAUUCUGAGGAACUCGCUCAAAGCUCGCCUCAACUCUACUGGCUCUGUGUCGCUUUUCUCGCCUUUGAUGUUAUCUUUUUAGUCCUUUGUGUUGCCGUCGCUUGUCUUAUUGGUAUUGCCGUUUGCUGCUGUUUGCCUUGCAUCAUUGCGGUUUUGUACGCUUUGGCAGAUCGGGAAGGUGCGUCAGAUGAGGUGAUAGAAAGGCUUCCGAAAUUCAAGUUUCUCAGUGUGAGAAACUCAGAGAAAGUGAACGGAGAGAUACGGGAAACUGAGGGAGGAAUAAUGACUCAACUUGGUGUUGAUUCUCCAACAGAGCGUGUGUUAUCAAGCGACGAGGCUGAAUGUUGCAUUUGUCUCUGUGACUAUGAAGAUGGAACAGAGCUGAGAGAACUUUCAUGUAGACACCAUUUCCAUGAAGCUUGCAUAGACAAAUGGCUACGCAUCAAUGCCACUUGCCCUCUCUGCAAACUCAACAUUCUCAAAACCGGUGAACAAAGUGGCAACGAUGCAGUAUGA